AUGUCUUCCGAUUUGAGCGCUUUUUUGUCCGACAAAUGCGUGUUAAUUACCGGCGGAACGGGAUUUGUGGGCAAAGCCCUCGUCGAGAAGAUCCUGCGAUCGGUUCCCGACGUGAAGACUGUCUUCUUGUUGUUGCGGCCAAAGAGCGGACAAACGGCCGAAAAGCGUUUGAAGCAAUUGCUGGCGAACUCCGUCUUUGACGCCAUUCGUCGUCUCGAUGGCCAACAGCUCGCGAAAGUGGUCGCCGUUUGCGGUGACGUCACUCACGAAGAGCUCGGACUCAACCCUCUCGACCGCCACGCCCUCCAAGACGCCGUUCACGUGGUCUUCAACUGCGCCGCGACCAUCCGUUUCGACGAACCGCUCAGGCGAGCGCUGAUUGGCUGUCAGUGUGUGACCUUCGGCUGCGGCCUUGAGUUGAGUCUUAUUUACGAGAGAUUUCCACAAAUCGUCUCAUUUUUCGUCUCAAUUAUGGACAUUACUCCGCAAUCCGUCGGCGAUCUCCUCAUCGAAGGCAAGACCAAACAGGUGUUCGGCGUCCGCACCGACCCCUCGCUGGUGUUCGUGCGCUCCAAAGAUCGCAUAACCGCCGGCGACGGCGCCAAGAGUCACGAAAUGCGCGGAAAAGCCGUUCUCUCGACGCAAACCAAUUGCGCGCUCUUCGAGUUCCUGCAGUCGGUGGGCGUUCCCACGCACUUCGUGGGCCGAGUGGGCGGCGCCUCCCAUCCCGACGCCGACCGCUCUUUCGUGGCCAAGAACUGCGCUAUGAUUCCCAUCGAGUGGGUCGCCAGACGAGUGGCGACCGGAAGUUACCUCAAGAGACACGCGAACGUCAAAGAGGGCUACCGGUUCGCGCCCUUGAAGUUGGAGACCUUUUUCAAGGACGACGCUAAUCACGACCCCUUCUGGUCGGAGGAGUCGCUGAUUGGCGCGCGACUCGAGGCCAACGGACUCCUCAUCGACGCCGCGCGCGUCAAACAAAUGCUCGAAAUGACGAAAACCGUGUUCGAAGUCAUCGAAAGAGUGUGGCAGACGGCGAACCACGCGCUGAUCGACAUGAAGAUCGAGUUCGGAGUCAUUGACGGAAACGGAAAGAAAGAGAUAGUCGUCGCUGACGUCAUAGACAACGACUCG